CUAUUUUGCAUAUAUUUUCAGUGAUUCUGUUGCAACAGUUCCAGUACUACAAAAUCCUAAACCUUCUAGAAAACGAAAACAAAAACUGCAUCCGACAAGGUCAAAAGUUCUUUUGGAAGUGCCUGACUUUGAACCAGUGGAGAAGAUAAAAGUGAAAGUAAAAAGGAGGCCAUGGGCCAAGAGGGAUUAUAUGGACAAAAGUAUGUUUUUUGAAUACUUUUACAGGGUGUUAAAUAACAGCAGCACACCCUCUACUCAUAAACUAUUGAAGGAUAUAUCAUAUAUCAUCCAAAAGAUAAAUUAAUUCUUGAGUUACAUGUGAAAUUUUGAGACUUAAUAUGCCAGAGUAAUACGUAGCCCGUUUGAAAUGC